ACCACGAAGACAAGUCCAGAGGUCAAAUUUUUUUUUUUCAAAUCAAAGUAUAUUACAUUAACUUUAAUUUAAAAUAUAUAUAUAUAAGUGUUAGUCUUUCCGGAACAUUUUCAAAAGUUUAGUUGAAAAAGUUAAUUUUUUGUAAAAAAGUUACCAUUUUGAAACCCUUUCUGUGGGCUGUUAAAGGGUCAAAUGUUCACAAAAAUAUAUAAUAUGAUAGGUAAAUAUCUAAGGUAUUUAUAAAAAAAAAGAUAUAUUGAUUCGAUUAUUUUUAAAAAAGUUAUGGCACUUUUAAGUAAAAAAAAUUGAAAAAAUAUCGAAAAUUAGCGAUUUUUAAAUUUGUAAUUUUUUGGGGGAUUUCCCCCGUUUACGGGGAACGAGGGAAUUUUUUUCAAUUUUUGAGGGUAAUGUCUUCGACUAGAUACGAUUUGUGAUCUUUUGAAAUAUUGUUCAUCAAAAUCAGUCCAGCGAGAGCUGAGAUUGAGCGUUCAAAGAUACAAAAACAAAAAAAUAAAAACAAAACACAUUAUAGUAAAAUUAAUACCUUCUCAGCUUCGCAUCGAAGCUAAAAAUAUGUAACUAAACUCCAAUAUCAUAAUUAACUCUUAUUUCAUUCAUUAUUCCUAAUUGGCAGUUCUAUGAUUUAUAAGUAUAAUUAUAAUAUUAACAUAUAAUAUGAUGUUAUCAUUUGUACAUGAAUGUCACAUAUUAUGAUUAUACAAGAUCACCAAAACAGGGUUCUCUUAUUUAAAAUACAAAAUAACCCUUUAAUUAUACGAUAAAAUCUCCCUCUUGUAGAAAUUAUUAAGUAACGUCUACACUAGGGUGGCUAAAAAAAAAUCGAUCUUCGUAAUGUUUAUGAGAUACCUCAUAAAUGUAUUAUAUACAUUAAAAUAAACAUUUUAUGAAAAUUUGAGAUUAAAAAAAAAAUUUUUACAGGUCGCUCAACGCGUUUUAAGAAAAUUGACCAAAAAUACUCAAAAAAACAUAAAAUGUCAUUAUUUAUUCAAUUUUUGUUCAAAUUUCUUACUUAGUACAUCUAAAUUGUUCGUUUUUUAAUGCCGAAUAAUAAUAAUUAGAAAAAAAAAUUGUAAGUCCAAAACUGAUUGCGUAAAGUCCAUAAAAAGCUCAAAAAUAUGGUUAAGUUCAACGAACACUUAAGUAAACCAAAAAAUUUUUUUUUUUCAUUUUUUUUUUUUAAUUUGAUUAAUAUUUGUGUGUAUAUUAAGAGGAAAAAAUUUUUUCCACUAAUGUUUAAAACUACUACCUUUUUUUUAGAUUAUAACGUACGCUAGAAUAUACGAUGUACAAAAAUAUAAAUGAAAAUAUCGUCAAAUUUUACUUUUUCCUUUUUACAUUUUUUGUGGCAAUGUUUAAUAUAUCUUUAUAUUUAAGUUUAAUUAUUGUUUGAUUGAUUAUAGUCUUAAGAAUUAAAAACGUAAAAAUAUAAUGUUAAUAAUUUUUUUGCUAAUAUAAAAUUUUAUGUACACGAAGUUAUAAAUUUAGGGUCAAAUGCGUAUAUUUCAUAAGUAUUACAACAAAACCAAGUUUAAUUAUGACAAUAAUCGCGAUCACGACGAUAAGAUACCAUAAACGAUGUUUUGGCAUUAUAUUUAUAUCCAGUACUUUUCUUGUAUGGGUUUGUACUGAUUGUUAUACUCACUAUCUUUUUGAUGGUAUCCGACUAAUAUUUGUUAGUUGUACACAACAAACUUUUCUUAAAAGUUAUAGUUCAAUAUACAUUUAAUUUGAUUUUUUAAAUUAAUUUUUAGUUAAAUUCUAUUUUUUAAAUAAUUUUUUAGUUAAAUUCUAUUUUUUAAAUUAAUUUUUAGUUAAAUUCUAUUUAAUAAAUUAAUUUUUUUCUCGUGGUUAUUAAUUAAAGGUUUAUAAUGGUUAGUAUAACAAAAUCUCAUCGUCUAAAUAUUGCUCCUCAAAAAUACAUGCUCGGUAAACAGCUACCUACAAAACGCAAUGUCCUCGGUCAUUUCAUUUAUUUGCAUAAUGUCGAGAAGAAAACAAUAGCAGACACUGCUAUUGAUUGUUCUAAACAUAUAAUUCAGGUGUGGUCGAAAACCGAAUUUCCCAUUAAGCUCAAGUGUAAUAUAAUUUCAAAAAUAAAAUUAUUAUAUACGCAAUGGAUAAAUUUAAAAAAGAAUCAAAAUAGAAAUACUAUUUCACAAAAUAAUAAAGAAAUUAAGUUUUUGGAUUCAUUAAAUGAUAUUUUUGACAUUUCGUAUAGUAAUAUUUUUCAAUCCAACGACUCAAAUAAAGAAUUUCAUAUUCCUCAACUAACUCCUGGAUGUUCUAGCACCACAAAUCCAGAAUUAAAAAUAGUUCCCGCUAGAACUACGCGAUCGAACAUAAACACUAAAGAUGUAGACUUUGUAGAACUUGAACGUCGAACGCGAAAAAAGUUUGAGAGUCUUUCUAGCGCUGACGAUAGUUCACAAGAUACUAGUCUGUCAGAUUUUGAAUGUCAUCUUGAUCAGCCCACAACUAGUAAAAUGAGAAACAAUAUCUUAAACACACAAUUAACUUCAGCGUUAGACAGAACAAACGUAUCUAGCCGAAAAGCCACGUAUAUUUUGGCGUCUGCUUUAACUUCGUGUGAUAAAAAUAUUAAAGAUUAUUCCAUAAGUAAAGAUUCAAUUCGAAGAGCUCGCAAUUUUAAUAGAAAAAUUAUAAAUAAUGAAAUAAUAAAAUAUUUUAAACCAAACACUGCUUUAAUGGUUCACUGGGACGGUAAAAUGUUGCCGUCUCAAAACAAAAAAAAUUACACUGAACGUUUAGCGGUAUUAGUAUCUGGUGAUGGCAAAACUAAACUUUUGGGAGUGCCUAAACUUUUAAAUUCUACAGGCCAAUCGCAAGCUGAUGCUGUUAUUAAGCUUUUGAUUGAUUGGAAUUUGGUUAAUCAAACAAAUAUGAUGUGUUUUGACACUACUGCCUCCAACACUGGAAAACUAAAUGGUGCAUGUAUUUUAAUCGAAAAACAAUUAGGUAAGGAAUUAUUGAGUUUUGCUUGUAGGCACCAUAUACAUGAAAUAAUAAUUAGUAGAGUUUUUGAUAAACUAAUGCCUCCGUCAACUGGCCCAGACAUAGCUCUCUUCAAAAGAUUUUUUAAUAGCUGGGAAAAUAUAGAUAAAAAACUAUACUGUAAUAUGUUGACAGAUGAUGUUGUAUUAAAUAUAUUAGCACCAGAUAUAGACAUAAUUUCUAAGUUUUGUGAAAAUAAAUUAAAUUUAAAUCAUCCUCGGGAUGAUUAUAAAGAGUUAUUGGAACUUUGUUUGCUAUUCAUCGGAAAAGAGAAUGAAAAAAUUAAAAUUCAUCCACCAGGAGCACUUCACAGAGCGAGAUGGAUGGCUAAAAUUAUAUAUUGUUUAAAAAUUUAUAUGUUCCGUUCUCAAUUUAAACUGACAUCUUCUGAAUUAAAUAAUAUUCAGCAGUUUAAUGUAUUUGUUUUAAAAGUGUAUAUUAAGUAUUGGUUUGAGAGCUCUUAUGCAACAAAAGCUCCAAAUAAUGAUUUAAAUUUAAUAAAAGAGUUGAAAAAUUACAGUUCUAUAAAUAAAUCUAUUAGUGAAGUUGCUAUAAAAGUCUUUUCUGGACAUUUAUGGUAUCUAAAUGAUAUACUUUCAGGACUGUCAUUUUUUGAUGAAGGCAUAUCAAUACAGAACAAAAAAAUAAUGGUUCAAGCUUUAAAUAAAAAAGGAGAAAUAAAUUCAAAAAAAAGAAUAGAUAUAAAAACAGUAAAAGAAAAUGAAGGAGUAAACCAGUUUAUAUCAGAAAAUACUAAAAAAUUAUUUUCUACCCUUGGCAUAAACCAAGAAUUUUUAAAGGAUCAACCAAACACUUGGGCUCAAAAUUCGAACUACAUUCAGGCUAAAAAUAAAGUAGAAUCAUUAUUCGUAAUAAAUGACCCAGCAGAACGCGGAGUCGCUUUAAUGACGAGUUUUAAUAACUGUCUAACAAAUGACGAAGAGCAAAGGCAAUAUUUAAUACAAGUUGUGGAAAGACACCGCAAUGAGUACCCCGAUUGUAAAAAAGCUACAUUGGUGACAAAAAAAUAAAAAAUUAUUUUUAUUUUUAUUUUUAUAAUUUUAAAUAUAUAUGUAUUUUAUAUAGCUAAUGCCAUAUUUUAAAAUAAAAAAAUGUAAAAAGGAAAAAGUAAAA